GUUUUCACCGUUUGGGUGUGGAGUUUCCCACGCUUUGUCAGAAGUCCUAGUCCCACCGUUUCAACGAACGGAGAAAAACCGUCUCCAAGCUCCACUCAAAACCCUUCCAGUGUCCAAACUGACUUGGGUAUCAAAAUUGGCAUUUCAGGUUCCCGCGCUUUACAUAACUGAGAAGAAGAAGAAGAAGAAGAAGAAUAAGAAGAAUAAGACCACUGAGCCACUGCUCUGACUCUUCCUGCUAUAAAAUGGCUGCGAUUUGGCGUUCCCGUCAUUCUCGCAAGUUUCUACAAUCAUCUCCCUCUCUCUCCUCUUCACUCUCUCUAUUUUUUCCACUUUCAAACCCUAACCCUAUUCCUAAACCUAAUCCUAAUCCUACCAGUCCUCCUAUCAAAUCCUUUGAACGCACUUACUUCGACUAUCAAUUUUCUCGAGAAAAUUUGAGCUGCUUUUCCAGGGAAAAUUUCAAAUUCGGUCAAUGCGGCUCAAUUUGCAGAUUCGGUGCUGGAAUCUCCACGUCCUCGUCUGGUGUUGCCGAGAAGGAUGAUGAGGAUCGGGGAAGAGAUGACGGUGGCGGCGAAAGGCCAAAGGUUCAAGAUUUGUCAUGGAUUGAUUUGUAUCUCCCGAAGCAGGCGCGUCCCUACGCGCGUCUUGCUCGCUUGGAUAAGCCAAUUGGGACGUGGUUGCUUGCCUGGCCAUGUAUGUGGUCAAUUACGCUGGCUGCAAACCCUGGACACUUUCCUGAUAUUAAGAUGUUGGCACUAUUUGGUACUGGGGCUUUGCUAUUAAGGGGUGCUGGAUGUACCAUAAAUGACCUCCUUGAUCAGGAUAUUGAUCCAAAGGUGGAACGCACAAAACUGAGACCAAUUGCAAGUGGUAUUUUAACACCGUUUCAAGGGCUUUCUUUUCUUGGAUUUCAAUUGCUCCUGGGUCUUGGGAUUCUCCUUCAACUCAACAAUUACAGCCGCAUUUUGGGAGCUUCAUCCUUACUGCUAGUCUUCUCCUAUCCCCUCAUGAAGAGGCUGACAUUUUGGCCUCAAGCCUAUCUAGGUUUAACCUUUAACUGGGGAGCUUUAUUAGGAUGGUCUGCAGUUAGAGGAAGUUUGGAUCCUGCCAUUGUCUUCCCACUGUACAUUUCUGGAGUGUGUUGGACUCUUGUGUAUGACACAAUUUAUGCACAUCAGGAUAAAGAAGAUGAUUUGAAGGUGGGUGUUAAAUCCACGGCCUUGAGAUUUGGGGACUCAACAAAGGAGUGGCUUUCAGGGUUUGGAAUUGCUUGUAUUAGUAGUCUUGCCCUCAGUGGAUUCAAUGCUGAUCUUGCAGGAUGGCCUUAUUAUGUGGCUUUGAUGGCUGCAUCUGGGCAUUUAACGUGGCAGAUUUGGACAGUUGACUUAUCAUGCCGUGCUGAUUGCAAUAGGAAGUUUGUGUCCAACAAGUGGUUUGGUGCUAUUCUUUUUGGGGGAAUUUUGCUUGGAAAACUCUCAUCAUAACGGAACAUUGCUAAUAUUCUGUUUUCGUUCAUGUUCGCUUGGAAAAUUAUUAUUUUCUUGUCUUGAUAUUGGCCGGAAGGAUCAUAAAGUACCUCUUUAGCGAGACUGGUUUUGCCAAUUUCUGAAUCAGAUAUCAAAUGCCUCCUGAAGAACUGGAAUCUCAGGACUGGAUUUUGUUUGGCUGAUUCCUAAAUCACUGGGACAAGCCCCUUUGACCAUAUCUUAAUAAAAAAAAGGGUCGGAUAUGGAAGUCUCAUACCCAUUAGUUGAAAGCUACCUUAAUCAAAAAUUGGAAUCUAGAGUGAACAGGGCUUUUAGGAAUAUUAUUCUUUUCGGACAGAGAGAUGCAUAGUGCAGUGAAUGUUGUAAUACCCUUUUUUUUUUU